GGGGGAGAAGAGCCGGAGUCUGCGAUGGUGAGCGAAGCGGGGCUGCAUCCCACCCUGGUGCGGGGCUUUGCACGGUACGUACCGCCGGGACUGAGGGAGAGAACGGGACUUCGGAUCCGAUACGGCACCGAAGGGAUUUUUUUCCCCAUUUUUUAUUUUUUAUUUUUCUCCUUUCCUGGGCCGGGCUCCGUCCGAGCUCGGCGGCUGCGGGCAGCGAUGUCACCGGGUUGCAGCGGGCUACCGGGAAGGGCGAGGGAGGGCUGCCCGGGGUGCGUCCCGGCCGCCGCCGUGGGAGUAGCAGUGCACCGCUCUUCGCGGGGUUACCGGGGAUGCUCCCGCUCCAGCCCCGCUCGGCGGCGGGACCCCCCGGGUUGUCCUGGGGACGCGCGUGUGCCGCGUGGUGAGAUCGGUAAGGGGAUGCCCGUGCGUGUGCAGCGCGGGCUGUAUGCUGAGCCCCGCGUUCCUGUUCCCUCGGCAGCACCUGCCGCACCUCUCAGCUUCCCGUGUUUCUUUGGAGGUGUUUUCCUUCCUUUUUUUUUUUUUUUUUUAAUGUAUUUAUUUUUUCUCCCUUUAUCGCUUCGGAAUAGGAAAGCGGCAUUCCCCAGCAAACGAAAAAAAGGAGCGGUAGAGGCGGAAGCGCCCCGGGCCGCGGGCGGGCGGCAGCCCCGGACGUGCGGGGUUGGGGGCGGGCGGUCACGCUCCGCUCCGCUCCCUCUCCGCGCAGCCCCGGCGUGGCGGCUCGCGGGACACCUCCAGCCCUGGCAGCGAGGCCGGCAUACCUGUUACAAAUAGCAGAUGAUGUCUUCCCCCACCUUGACCCUCCCCCCUCCCGCCCGUCCGUACGCGGGUGACAUUAUUUAGGGGGCUAAUUAUUAGCUCAAUGGCUGAGCCGGCAGCCAAGUGGAAAGGCGGCAGUCACGGAGCGACGUUAUUAAAUAUCCCGCGCGGCUCGGUCCAGGGCUCCCGCCCGCCCGGCCCUCGUUCUUCCUCCGGCCCGGUCCGGCCCGGCGUCCCCGGCUCAUCUUACGGAGCUCCCGGCGGCUGCGGGCAGAGAGACCUCGGGAAACAUCCGGCGAACUUCUGAGCGCCCGCUCUUUAUUUCUGCCGCCGGGAUCCAGUAAAAAUUGUGCAAUCUUGUAGGAAAUACCUGAGGCUUCCCGCUGGCCAGAGAAAUGCUUUCUGCCCCGAGACGUGUUUGAAGCGGACGGGCUUUGGUUUUUUCCCCCUUCCUCCCGUUUUCCGCUUUGUUUUAAACUCGCCUUGUACUCCAAAAUGCAAGAAGCCCCGGAGAGCGGCAGCAGCGCCGGCGCCAGCAGCUCCUUCUCCAGCCACGCCGCCGCCAGCAUCAAGGAGGAGGAGUGCAGCCCCGAGAAGGAGAGGCCCCCCGAGGCUGAGUACAUCAGCUCCCGGUGCGUCCUCUUCACCUACUUCCAGGGGGACAUCAGCGCCGUGGUGGACGAGCACUUCAGCCGGGCGCUCAGCCAGCCCAGCAGCUUCUCGCUCGGCAGCGCCAAGGCGGCGCGGAACGCCGGCUCCUGGCGGGAUGGCUCCUUCCCGAUGAGCCAGCGCAGCUUCCCCCCAUCCUUUUGGAACAGCACCUACCAGCCCUCUUCGGUCCCUGUCACCCUUAGCAGCCCCCUGGCUGCCCACAGCGAGCUGCCCUUCACCACCGCGGACCCCUAUGCCCCAGCCUCCCUGCACGGCCACCUACACCAGGGUGGUCCUGAGGCCUGGCAUCACGCCCACCACCACCACCACCACCACCCCUACCUCGGGACGCAGAGCACGGCCUACCCCCGCCCCACGGCCAUGCACGAGGUCUACGGCCCUCAUUUUGACCCUCGCUACGGCUCCCUGCUGGUGCCCACCGCCUCCGUCCGCCCCCAUCGCCUCACUCCUGCUGCUGUGCCCACACCGGUCAGCCCACCCUGCGAGCUGGGCAAGGGCGAGGCGGGCCCUGCUGCUGCCUGGACGACACCGGGACCCUUCCCCAAUGCGGCAGGAGAUGUGGCACAGAGCCUUGGCCUCAACGUGGACGCAGGCAAACAAGGGCAAUGUGUCACCCACUCCACAUUUCUGGCUCCCAAGACACGCUCUGAGGUUUGCAGCCUCAGGACAAAAGCAAGGAUCUGUACUGGUUUUAGAGCUGUCCUUCACUCUUCCUCCCCUGGCUCUCUCCUGUAGAUCUCUGCCUCUAGGCAUGGUGGCAUUCAGAGCUGAAGUCGGGUCAGUUUGUAACAGCUUCUGGUCUUGGUUUGCAGCUCGGCGUUACUCCUUCUGUGGUGGACCCCUUCUGAGCUGACGAGUUGACUCAGAGCCUCCCAGACCCCCUUGCCCUUUUCCAAGCCUACCAUGGCCCUGCAGCUUGGGGACAGACAACGGGACUUAAAACAACCUGGCUUUGCAAGGAUGAUCCUUUAGACUUAUUUUGGAGAGGAAAACCCUUCUGUUGAGAGAGGAGAGCCAAAGACCAUGAACUAUUUAAGCAAACUCCACAGCCAGAACUGCAGUUGGACUGUUUUAAAAGAGUCAAAUGACGUCACGAAUGGUGAUGCAAAACCACUGGCCUUUUUACAAGGGACAGAGGAAAUCGUGGUUAUUUCAGUGGUGUGAAUAUUUUUUUAUGGCAGUGAAAAUUAUUUCUUGAUUUCAACAUGGGAAAAACUAUUUAGCAGUUUUGAACUGGAUUCUUACAUUGCAGAAAAGUAAAAGGAGAAGAAACUGGAACUCACUAGCAUUUUUGGACUACUGAGGAGCUAGUCAGAUUUUUCAGCAUUGUGGUUAUGAGUGGCAAGCGUCUAGCUUGGGCCACCUGCCUUGGGCUUACAGAAGUGCAGCUGUUCCAUGGACAACUGUUCAAACUCCAGAAAUAUGAAAACCAAGGUGGCACUUGUCAGAAUUUGACAUAACAUUUGCAUUGAAUAUGUAAUGGUUGUUUGUUUUCUUUUCUUCUUUUCUUUUUUUUUUUACGAGGAAUAUUUUAUGGUGAAAACAAAGCCUUCUUAAAGAAGGGGGAGAAAGGAAACCCAGGAAAAACUGCUCGCCCUCAACCUGAGGGCCUUUAAGGGGAACACCAGAAGGAAAGGCACAUGUGGGACAAUAGGUCUGGGUUGCCUCUAACGCUUCCCUUUGUCUACUUGUUGCUGUCAUUUUGUCACUUUAAUAAUUGUCUUGUUUUGGUUUGAAAGGGGGAAUAAGAUAUCUAUUUAACAGUAGGAAAGCUGCAUUAAAGGUAUUCCUUCUUUCACACUGCGUGCUUUUAUAGGGGAUUAAAACUGUAAAAGAGAAAUGAGGCAGAUUAGAAACUUCAGGAUGAAAAAGGAGAAUAUAAAUACCUGCAAUGUGGAUGGAGUGAGUUAUUUUACUAGUCUGCAUUAACGCUAACUAGAAAUGCCAGCAGUCGAAAAUAUAUUCUUCAUGAGUAGAAAGUAUGGUGAUAAAUACAAAAGACAAGAAUAGGCAAUGUUGUGGCAAUGCUGCCUUUUAGCAUAGGGUGUCUCUGUAGGAUAGACUGCAGAAAGGGUGGCACCCCAUAGAGGUGCUUCUUCAUAAAGCUGAUAGAAGAGGGGACUGUAUUUUGCACUGUGCUAUUCUGCACUGGUACAUUAAAAUGUUAUUAUAAAGGGUCAAAUGACUAAUUAAACAGUGCAGAAAUAGCAAGUUCACCCUAUGCUUGCAAGCUGACACUUUUACAGGCAAAGCAUCAGAUCCCAACACUACGGUGUUUCAUUUUAUUGUCUUUUCUUAAUGCAAUGUCUUUGAAGGCUGACAAAGUUCAGUGCGUGUGAGAGAAGAGUCCUGACGUCAUCCCUCUGACACCAGGAGAAGCAGUAGGAAACAGACUUUUGUGAUGUGAUAGGGGAUUUUACAUUCUGACACUCUGGCAAAAUGUUCACUGUGUUGGAAAUGGAGAACUUGUUGCUCCUAAGUUCCAUCUCAGCUAGAAGUACAUUUAUGGGGAAGAACAGAAACAUUAACAGCAAGAAAACAACAAAGCAGGGAGAAUAAAUAUUGUGUGAAGCUGGCAAGGAGCUGCUUUGAAAUAAAAAGAGGGUAGAACAUCCCUGGCCAGAGCUGGGCAAAGGGCAGGAGGCGGCUUGUGGUGGUGCUUCAGCCGGACAAACCCACAGGCAUGUCGUCACAGCCCUCAGCUAGCUGGCAGGCUGGAAAGGGCAAGCAAACGGCUCCAGAUUUUGUAGUGCUGGUUAAGCCACAAAUGUUCUAAGGCUUCUAUCAUGAAGGAAGACAGCAGCACUCAGCAGGAGAAAAAUAACUAAAAAUGGCAUUUAACUUAAUUGCUGCAGAGGUUUGAAGAUGGCAAGGUCACCCUGUGGACAGUCACCUGCAUUUUCUUUAGGCUGUUUUUAAAGUUUUAGGGUUUUUUUUUUUUUCCUUUUUUAUUUUAUUUUUUUUAAGUUUAAUUUGGCUCUUGUGUAGACUGUGCAAUUGUUCCCUUUUUCUUCCAUUUUUUUCCCCUCUUCUAAUGAGGAGGACUGGGCAACACAGCCCAUAUAUGUUUGUAUACAUUAAUGUAAGCAGUCAUUUACUGGACUGACAUUUACCAUUCUUUUUGGCUGGAAGCAUUUCCAACCAAGAAUACACGACUAUUGCUAAUGAUAUUUGUUCUCCAGAUAAUAUAUUUUUACUGCUGUACUGUGGAAGUACCUAUACACAAAGGCAAGUCUUUGGCUUGUGGUGUUAGGUGCUAUGCAAACCACUCUUAAAAAGGCUCCCACUUUGGGUGCGCUGCAGUCUGAGGGUGUUUUGAUGAAACCCUGCAGCAGUGUUCUGCUCACUGGAUUGCCCUGACUGUGGGAGGCUGCCCCCACCACUGCCUCUGAGGUUUGGGAGUGAAGCCGUGCAGGGUGAGGGCUGCAGUUUGUAUUGCCAGAGCAGAAACUUCACCUUGAGCGUUAUGCUGCCCAGCACAGGGUGAGUGAGUCUCCUAAUGCAAUAGCAGUGUAAAUAAAACCUCGGUGCUAUUUCA